AUGAAAGGUUCGACGGGAGCCAGAAUGCAUGCUGCUGUGCCCCGGCUUUCUCUUCUAACUACGUGUGGCUGCACAAGUGACAAAGAAGACAACCUUAAGACGUGCCUCGUCCUAGGUAUCCUUCACGUGUGUUUUCGAGGGGACCAAAGUCAAGUAAAUCUCUUGCUCUCGACCCAGAAGCUCCUGUUCCAGGUCGCGGAGCUACAAUUUACUCCGGAGAAGCACGCGUCUCUGCUGCUUUUCGUCGAGAUUAAGGUCAAGAAGAGGGAAAAGGUCCCCGCGAAGGUGGCUGUCUUCUGGUCCUACAAAGUGGCUCCCUCCAACAGAAAAUUUCUUCGACACUGGGGCAGAAUAAUAACCAGAAGCGUAACAGUCAGCACCUUGUUCAGCGGAAUUGCCGGUAAGGUUGCUCGGGUACGGAAAAAGUAUCCAUAA